AACUAGAAACACCUACAAGUUUGAGAAUUCCUAGCAGAGCUGCAGAGAGAGCCCUAAACGACACCGAAGCACUGAAAAAAGUUUGCAGCCAUGGCGGACGAGGACUAUGAUAUGGACGGAGCGUACGAAGAUGAGCCAAUGGAGCCUGAGCCUGAUGAAGGUGCGGAGGUGGAAGAAGAGAACAAUAACAAUGAGGAUGGCCCGGAUCCUGUUGAGGGAGACGGCGAUGAGAAACAGGAGCAGGAACCGAUUGAACGGCCCCGGAAAACAUCUAAGUACAUGACGAAGUACGAGCGUGCGAGGAUUUUGGGCACACGGGCUCUGCAGAUAAGCAUGAAUGCACCAGUAAUGGUUGAGUUGGAGGGUGAAACUGACCCGCUUGAGAUUGCAAUGAAGGAGCUGAGAGAGCGAAAAAUACCCUUCACUAUUCGUCGUUACCUCCCUGAUGGAAGCUACGAAGAUUGGGGAGUGGAUGAAUUGAUUGUGGAGGACUCCUGGAAAAGACAAGUUGGAGGUGACUAAAUUGUUUUACCUUUCGUUUUGUAAAGUGUUUGAUAAUGCAUUUAUAUUGAAAUAUUGAAGUACCAUGUACAAGACUUGUAGUUAUAUUAAACUAGAGGAAUGCUGAUGUAGUUGAAUCUUGCUUUUGCUUUGGAAGUCAUUGUUAUUGACUCCCUGGUGAUAAUGCAUCUUCCACUUGCCAUUUCAGAUUAGCUGGUAUCCAGGCUUGACAAUUUGACAAAUGUAUGUGCUAGCUACUUAUUUUCUGGGCUUUGCUUUAGGUAAACAUUGGUGUUGCACUGUUAUUUGUUUGCAAGGUGUGUAUAACUUCUAAGCACUACAGUUUUGGUUAAUGGAGAUGUGGAAAAUUCUUGCGUGGCUCCUGGAACUGCGGGUCCAAGGCCUUCACUCAUCGAUAUGGGACAACAGGAUGACUCCAUCCCACUACCCGACAUUACAAGGGGUCCCCUAUUUAGGGUGACUGAUAAUCGAAGAGUUGAGCGUUGUGGGACCCCUUAAGGUCAGAUCAAUGGAGCUCGAUAGGCUAAGGGUUAAUUACAUUUCUGAGAUGUCACAUGAAUUCUUGGCCCACGGGAGGGGAUGCUUGUGUCUAACUGGUGAAAUCGUUCAAAUCAUCUGGCUCCUAUAAAUUAGCGCAGUGUUGUCUGAAGUGCACGCUAUACUGGAAAUUGUUUAUAGUUAUGUGUUCAGAAGCUCUAAUUGUUUCGGAUGUUGCACUCAAUCAAGAAUGUGGAAGAUGGUUGACAA